AUGCCUGCGAAAGUACACUGUGGUGGUUUAUUUCUAGGAGAUACAAUUCAAGAAAAAACUCGGACAUUGCUUGGUUGGAAUAAUGAGCAGCAUUAUCCCCCAAUUAUGGUUGAUACAAUGACGCGGAACCAAAUUAAUACGUGCAAUCGACGUAUGCUUCACGCAAAUUACUCUCGGCAUCAUCCAUACAAUACUCCAAACGAGCGUUUACGACAUAGUAGUAUUAGUUCAAAUUCAAACUGUAGCAGCAGUAGUAGUAGUGAAUAUUCGCAGCCAUCGCCAAGUUACAGCAUUGCAUCAUAUGAAUCACUGAGUCCGGAACCAUUAGUUUCCCCUUGCAUCGGCUCGGAAUGCCAAUCACCACAUUCUGUUCCGCUUUGUUCAGCUGCGAUGCCGACGGCUGCUUCUAUUUCGUAUCGAUCCCCUGAACGUGAGGCGCAAGUUUUUGAAAGAUUACGUCAAUUGAUACCGCUGCUACCCUUCAACAAAACUGCUUAUCAAGUACUGAUAGAGACAGUUUCACAAGUAAUGGAUUUAGAGCAGCAGCUGGAACAGUUAAAUGACAAAACAAAUAACACCAAGAACAAUUCUCGAACUGAGCAAAAUCUUGUAUCAGAAGCGGAAAAUAGUGUAUUUCCGGACGAUUUGAAGACAGUGGAUGUUACAGCAUUCAGACGAUUGCUUUGUUCUGAUUAUUCGUCUUCAAGUGAUACGCUACGAUCAGUACAUAUCAAUUAUAUGUCCUAA